AUGGCCCUCGACCGCCUUGUCAGCUUGAUCCUUCGUGGUGCAGAGCUCGUCUUUGCUGCCAUUGUCGCCGGUGUCAACGGCGAAUAUCUCCGCCACACCAGGGGCAUCCACAACAACCGAUGGCGAUUCAUCUACACCGAAGUCGUUGCGGCCCUUGGCAUCUUCUUUGCUUUGAUUUGGCUUAUUCCUUUUUCGAGCACCUUUACCCACUGGCCAAUCGACUUUGUCCUCAGCAUUCUCUUCUGGGUCGCGUUCGGCAUCCUUGUCAACCUUGUCGGCAGCAGCUGCGGUCAUGUAUUCGACUGGAACAACGUCCACCCUGUCCACGGCGACCAGUGCGGCAAGUACAAGGCCACCAUUGCCUUUACUUUCCUGUGCGCGAUCCUGUUCCUCGCCUCUUCUCUAAUUGGCCUUCUUUGGACCCGAAAGCGUGAGCCUGCUGCCCACCAUGGUGAUGGCGUCCACCAGGGACGCUGGUACCGCCGCGGAAACCGCCGCAGCGUCGUCUAA